UGCGUGUGUUGUAUAGGAUGAGUGUCGGCGUGUGGUAGUGUGUGAGUAAGUGAAUAAAUAUGGUGAUUUUUGGGUGAAUGAAUUGCAAUGGAAUCCACAACUUCCUUCACUUUUGGAGAAAACGUGAGGUCAACUUAACUAACUUUAUAUGUAAAUUUGUUCGACUAAAAGGAUAACUAACUGAUACUGGUGAGGCAAAUCUCUCCACUGAUUGGCAUCUGCAUGCUAAAAAUACUGUAUUACUUGUGAAGUGCUAGAUGUUGAAAAUACGUUCAAACUACUUUAUGGAGACAAUAAGUAUUUACAGUAUAUAACUAUAAUUGGAUUGGAUUGUGCAGUUCGAGGCCAAAUGUGACAUUACUAGUCAUGGAAAGUAAGCUCCAAUCGUUCUACUUGCGCAUUGAAUUGUUUUACAAUAAUGGCUUUGCAUGUGAUUACCGCAUGUUUUAAUAAUUUCAGGCAGGCGUUGGUUGAACAUAAUUGGGUGAAAGGCCGACAUGUAACAGCACGUAAAACGUCGAGACGCGGCGCGUGUCAUCAUGACAUUCCAGCAGCUUGAGUCAUGUGACACUCACCUUUAGCACACACACGCACGCACGCAUACACUGCAAUGGCGGCGUACACUAGGAAUACACGCACUUCUUGUGAAUGAUCCCUCCUCAUUACUACAGGGUGUCAUUCUGAAAUGGAACACUUGACAGUAAAGCAACCCGUCGGGGCGUGUAGAAAGUCCACGAGCUGUUGGCAGUUUCACUUUGGCCCUCAUGUGACCUAACAGAGACUUGUGCCAUAAUAAAGCGACAAAAGUGCACUUUCUGUUCACGGCCUGUUUCUCAUCGAGUCAUUGUCAGCAUGAUCUUGUCGGCUAUAUUCCCAGUAUCAGUGUCGUCCAAAAUCUUUCGUAGGGACUUCCCUGGUUUAUUUCAUUUUUAAUCCGACCUCUAUCACCUCAAAAUGAUGGAAAGCAUACUUAAAGAUUUUUAAUGCUACUCGUUGUUGACGUUUAUGCCAAAAAGUAAACAUAAAACAAGCAGCAUGACACGCUGUGUUUUUGUAACAACAGAACAACAACGACAUGCUAACCGUUAAUAUUGAUAACCUUUCAAACAAAAAUGGCAUCGCGACAUAUGCUGACACAGUACUCCCACCAACAUGUAUUGGAAGCAGAGAAGUGCCACCCACUGAAAAUAAUGGACUGUUGGGAAUAACUUACUACAACUUCAUGGAACAAAUACUAGCGCUAAGGUAGUAACCGGCUACCACUGAUCAGAAGUAACACGAGACGUUGGUGCAAGAGUCAGCAGCCAGGAGUCAGCCCAUGCCGGGAACUCUACAUGUCCUCAGGGGAACCACAAACUCAGCAGCUGUUGUGACAAAAGGAUGUACCGAGGUCACGGACGAGCGUACCCGGGCGGCGCUUCUGGGUCAAAUUCCGCUUCCCUGGAAAGCACCACCACUUCCACUACACAAGAGCAGAAGUUCACCAUGGCCAGCUCCAGCCAAUUCGUUCCAAGCCUCAACGCCAUCACGACUAACCAGGAUCUCCAGUGGCUGGUCCAACCCUCCCUUAUGCAUCCGCCAGGUCCUUCCCGCUCCCCGGUGCCACCUUACCCGUCCCUGUCCAGGACAUGCCCGCAGGGUCCGCCGCCUCCGCCACCCUCCCAUUUGCACUUCAUCCGUCCAGGCGUCAUCAGAGCGAGCGCCAACCAAGAGGCGGGUACGACACGGCGUAGGAACGACGAACACUUGUCUCGCGAGGAGGUGGAGAGACGGAGAAUAAGGAGAGAGCGCAACAAACUGGCGGCGGCCAAAUGCCGCAAUCGCCGUCGGGAGCUGACCGAUACACUGCAAAAUGAGACCGACCAGCUGGAGGAUGAAAAGUCACGUUUGCAGAAGGAGAUAGCCGAGUUGCAAAAGCAGAAAGAGAAGCUGGAGCUGGUCCUGGAGGCACACCGUCCCAUCUGCAAAAUCCAAGACUCCGACUCCGACUCGGAUACCAGCGCCGCGCUUUCGUCCUUGGCGGGCAUCAAGAUGGAGCCCGAGGACUACAGUGUGCCCGGACCAUCGCGACUCAAGCAGCCCGCCAAGGCAGAAAGGCCCAAACCAAAGAUCACCAUCCCCAUCAAGACGUCCUCCUCAUCUUCAUCAUCAACCCUGGCCGUCAGCCAAGAGUCUGAGUCCCUGCACACCCCCGUCCUGACCUCCACCCCCUCCCUCACCCCCUUCACGGCCAGCAUGAUUUUCACGUACCCCUCAGCCCCGGUGGAUGCCCCUCAUCAGGCCCCGCAGCCUUGCGGCGUGGCGCACCGACGCAGCAGCAGCAGCGGCGAUCAAUCAGAUCACUCCCUGCACUCGCCCACCAUCCUCACACUGUGACUGACGACGUGAUUGCAACCGACCAUUUCAAAUUUCUUUUUUUGGAAAAGGCAUUCGCUCUCCAGGGGUUGUCAAACUUUUGAGGUUCAGGGUAAAAUUUUUUAAAAGAGCCCCCUGAAAGUCAAAGUAAUCCCGUGUGUCCCCCAAAGCGGCUGCUCGCAGUCCCCCUAGGGCUCUUUGGGGCCCCUGUUUGAGAACCACCAACCUACCCAAGCAACAUCAGGAUACACUCAUUAUGCUUUUACUUUAUGGAGAUUUUCUCAUCUAAAUCUAUUAUACCUCUCAUUUGCAAGUGGCACAAUUGUAUUGAAAUGAACAAUGCAUGCAGAAUAUUUGAUCAAAGUAUAUUUUGAUCAUUUUAAUUUUUAAAAUUGAACUUUUAUGCCAAUGUUACAUCACAGAGUGUAACAUUAUUAUGGAAGGGAAAGUUAUUCUUAGCUAUAUAUUUUUUUCUUUUAGUUUAUUCCUUAUUGACCACUAAGGCUGGGCCGUAGGAGUUAAUAGCGAGCGUAUUUAUUUGCGAGAGGGUAAUAUAUUUUUUAUAAUGGGUGGGCAGUGCCUUACUUUUCAGCUUUGAGCUCAGCAUUGUUUCAAAGACUAUAAUAAAGACUUUCACGACGCCUCAA